UGGCAGAAAAGAGUUUAUCAAUUUAUUCGAGUGCUAAUUAGAUAAUUGCAGCUUUGUAGUUGCACGGCGCACCUGACAGUCUGAUUAGAAGCGUAGCGGAAAUCGUGAUUGAGUCAGCGUGAGUCACGGACCUGCCACGCACCACGCCAGUUGCCCAUCUCUAGCUGCUGCCCCCGAAAGUCGAAAACGCGUAAAGUUUUCGAAUAAAAUGCAGAGAUUAGCCGAUUAGGCGGCGCGCGGGCUCGUAACCAAACGUUUUCAAGUAUUAAACUACCGAUUAAGAAACACAUCCACUUAGUGCAAUAGUUUAAGUAACCGCCCGAGCACCGUUAUCGCCGCUUUUCCGCUUUUCUUCGCUGCCAAAUUGCGCUGCAUGUCCAUUUUUGGUGAAGAAUUUCUCGCCAAAAAUCUUGCCCUUGGCCGGACGCAAUGAGCGAUGAGAUUUAACUGGCUGAGCGAGUACGUGGCCAGCAUAUCAAGCAGCAUUGCAUCGACAUCCCCGUGGCGCCAACUGCAGCAGCAGGUGCAGCAACUCGUCCCCAAUCCGCAGGCCAUCUACUGCCGUAUCAGGUCAUCAUCCGCCGAAGCACUGGAGCACGUACUGAUCGCCUGUGCGGUGUACUUGCUAGUAUGCCUGGGCCUCUACAAGCUCACCUUUUGGCUCUCCGGAGCCGCAUCGGGAUCAGGAUCGGGACUGGACGGCCACCACAACGACAACGACACCAGCAAUGCCGGGUCGGGCGAGGGGUCAGAGCUGAGCCCAAGUCCCGAUGGCAUUCGGAGUCCUGGCGGCCUGAAGCAGGCCCUGCAGUCCGGAUUACGGCUGCGUAGCGUCCGGCUGCCCAAAACGGCGUGCAUGGAGCGCGUCUUGCUGAUCACCGCCCAUCCGGAUGACGAGUGCAUGUUCUUCGGACCGCUGAUCUACUCGCUGACGCAGCGCCAAGGCUGCCAGGUGUACAUACUUUGCUUGUCCAACGGCAACUUCGAGCACAAGGCGAAGGUGAGGCGUCAGGAACUGUGGCGAUCUUGCUCCAAACUGGGCAUUCCCGAGUCCAACAUCGUGCUGAUGAAUGCCACCAACCUGCCGGACGACCCAUACGUGGACUGGCGCCCAGAUGCGGUGGCCAGCUUGAUACUGCACACGAUCGAAAGCCUCGACAUCCAGGCGAUAUUCACUUUUGAUCGGGAUGGCGUUAGCUCGCAUCCGAACCAUUGUGCUGUGUAUUACGCGGCCGCCUCGCUCUGUUUGGCCAACCUUUUGCCCAAAGAUUGUAAAUUCUACACCUUGGACUCGAUCAAUGUGGUCAGAAAAUAUCUAUCCAUCUUGGACCUGCUGUGCACGUGCUUUAUGUCUACGCAUUGGUGCAUUCUGAAUUGGAAGGAAGCUGCGAUUGUGAGGAGUGCGAUGAUGGAGCAUCAGUCGCAGAUGCGAUGGUUUCGCUGGCUCUACAUUUACUUUUCGCGCUACAUGUUCAUUAAUUCGAUGCGUCAGAUAAAUCUCUCGGAUGUGGAGUUGGAAAUGCAGAUACAUGACAACUAACAGGAGGAGGGCCAGCGAUUGAAUUGCAAAAGACAAACUACCUUCAUGAUCGGAUGCUCCCGUUGGCAGAGCAAGUGGUUUUUAAUUUAGACUCUGACGAUUCUACUAGUAUAUAUAUGUAUGUAACUACUACUGUUGGCCAAACGAUCGAUAGUAAUUGGAAAGCUAUAUCCAAAACCACGAAGGGAACAAAGAAUCAGCGAAGCGGCAGUACCAUAGGCAACCGAAACCACAAAACAGUCCAUUAAUUAGUUCCACACUCACAUAUGAAAUGGCAUAUCUUUAAUUCUUAUUAGUUAGCUCUAAUUAUUAUUUAUACUCAGUCCAAGCAAUGUUCCAAAGUGUGCGAUGUAGUCAAUGCUUUAAAAUUAAACAUGUAUGCGUUAUUCUAAUUGUUGUUAGCUUAUGUUCUCAUUUUUGUUUUCUGUACAUUGAUUUCCCCCGUAGCAUACACACCUUUAGUGAGUCACUUUCGUUCUUGUAAAAUUGUAAAAUAGUUUGUUGUAAGCAGCGAAGUACAAUAAUAAUUUUAUAAAAUAUUUACAUAAAUAUAUAUAUGAAUGUAUGUAUACACACAUAAACCAAUCUUAUGAUGAGCCAGAGAGGAUAGAUUUUAGAAUGCUGUUGAAAAAUAUUAUUUAUUUAAAGUAUUUUAAUGAGCGCACUUUAAAAUUCAUUGUUUUAUGGGCCCACGCAGAACUUAG